GUCCGUUUGAAUUCACCCUUUCUACACACCACCUCCUCACAAGGAAAGCACAAACCAUCGUUCAUGAUGGACCUCCUGGGAAAAGCAGCAUUUCACCUAAUGUUCAGAGAUCGGAAGAAGAAAAUUGCUCAGUUUCUUCGCACUAUCACUCCGGGUCAGUCAGUCCGUCAAUAGCAGAGGCAGCGAAUGAAUCAAUGUCUUGACAAGAAUGAUAUAGACUCUGUUCUCUCUGACCUGCGCACUUGCCUGGUUCAUGAAGGGAAAGGGAUUACCUCCGUCACACCACAAGCAGUCUUCGACGCGUCCAGCAUCCGGGACUCGCCCCAGGAGCAGCCUUACUGGUCGAAAAAAAGUUUCCAGAACCACCUAGCCAGGACCCAUCCGGACGCGACUAUCCCCGACACUGCGAUCGAUGCCCUGUGGUCGUGCUUCUGCUUCUUCGCCUACCACCCGUUCCCGCUCCCCGGUGCUGAGAGCAGGAAGCUGGAGCUGCCAGGCUUUGAGCGCGCCUUCAUCCUCCUAAUUCUUCAAGGCACGAGUGUCCUCGGGCUUGUAUCGGAUGACUUCGGUCACAGCUGGGGCCGGUUCGAUGAGCCGUGUAACUGCAGGUUGAGGACGAAUCGCAUCUUCCGCAGCAUCAGUCUGGUCGAUCUUCCGUCAAGCUCGGAGCCAUAUGUCACUGGCUUUGACACACUCGUCAUCGACGAUGUAAUCGAUGCGACACUGCCGAUAUUCCCGUCCCACCCUAAACUGCAUCCAUCCCUCGAGCAGCUGAAGCCGGUGGCGGAGCGUUUACUCGAGGGGAGAACGAACCAGUAUCAGACGAAGACCAACGACUUGACCGCGUUACUCUCCCUGAUGAUGCGGGUCAGAGUCAACAAAUCAACCUGGGGCCGGGAUAUCUAUUACGGCUCCCUCGAGGAAUCCAGUCCAGAGCAGGAAGCGCUGGCGAAGUCUCUGGCCCACUCACUCUCUUCCAACCCGGGUGACGAGUACCUGGCCCCUGACUCCGUGCUCAGGGCUUUUGAGAUCCUGCCCAAUCUAGAGCAAUCGUUCCAUCAGCUCUGGGCAGUACUUUUCCAACCUUCCCCAUCAUCCGCGGAAAUACCGACCGCGCAAGUGACCGAGCCCUCACCGGACGCCUCGAUGGACGGGAUCCUCCGUGCAGCCUCAUUGUUCAUCCCUCCGUUCCAGGCCCAUCGACGAAGCGAAGUAGCCCGCAAAGUCAAGGCAAUCACGUUCCACAAGUCCUACGACUCGCUAUCUCAUGACUUGACGGACAGGUUCGACCUGGGCCGUAUCCUCCCGCAAGCCUUGCACGACGACCCCAGCGGCCGGGCGCAGCUUGUCCUGUUCCUCGGGCACCAGGCUCCGGAAUCCACCCCGGUGGUUGUGGGGGCAUUCUUCCCCAGAGGCACGCAGAGCCCCGCUGCAACGGAGGGACAGGCACCGGGCAAGAUCAAGCCCUCGCGAAUCGCGCGGCCGCGGCUUCUCUUCGAGCUUCAGCCACGGUUUGACCUGUGGCGAUGGAACGGCAGCGUGUCGUCGGCUCAAGCAUCCGACCGCACCACGGGACAUCCCGAGCACCCGAAUGGCAUCGGGGAUCUCAACGGGUCGAAAGUCGGGGUGGAAAUCGACACGGGCACGGGGCAGACGACCUUUGUACGAGGCGCGGUUCCGGCCGCCGACGAUCAGAUUCCCAGCCGGUAUGAAGAGGUAACUGCUCGUUGGGCGCAUGACGGGGCCGAGAACACAGAUGGGGAUCCGCAGGAGCGCAAGACCAUCUUCACAGCGACCCGUCUUGUGGUAUGCGGGGUGGAAGGGGGGCCGGAUUAUGAGUAUCCCGCUUGGGGAUAAUCGGGCAUGCUUGCAUACGGUGACUUGGGAGCGUGAGUAGUGAUUUUGUGCUGUUGGCGGCUUUGUCGUCUAUGGAAUAGGGUUUGUGUCGUAGCAGUUGAUGGCAGUGGUGCUCGGGCAUUGAAACAUGUGGCGGAUAUUCCUUCGCUUCACGGCUUUCCUGUUUUUACUUGUCUUAACGUAUAACAACUAUGCCACUCAAACAAACUUCC